AUGCGAAUUUUGUCAUUGUUUGUUGCUUAUUCAUAACAUUAAGGCUAACAUAUUCAUACUAAAAGCUAAAAAAAUGACAUUUUGAUUUCAGAAUUCUUUUAAGCCACAGGUCUCUGGUACAGACAUGCAAAUCUGUCAAGAGUGAAGACCCAGGCGCAGAAUGAGCAGUGAUGGGAUUUCAUUAACAAGAUAGACAGGACACAACAGCGAGAUUGAGCUGUGAAACAGUCAAACAGCAGGGCAGGGCAGACGACACGAUGUCAGGCAGGGAGGAUGACCACAACAGACUUGAGGACUGUUUGGGAAGCAGCACCAGGUGGGAUGAAGGUGGGAAGAACCAGCUAGGAACCCGAGGCUUGAUGCUUGAUCUCGCAGUCUCAGCUGCCAGACAGUCAUAAUCAGUGACUAUGUAAACUCAGGAACGAACACAAGACUCAAAACAAUAGACAAGACACAAGACAAGCAGGGACUGAUGAAACAAGGACUAAACAGGACUAAACAAGGGACCGUGGUAACAGGAAACAAGGAGGUGAAACAAGAGGAGCACAUGGCAAACACAAACAGAGACACAGCCAUGUGUUCAAGCACAAGACAGACAAACAAACAUUAAACAAGGAUAAAACAGACAAGACUGUCAGGGCAGGAUCCUGACAGAAACCAUUUUUGGGUCGUGAUCCACCAGUUGAGAACCACUGUCCUAGAUCCAGUUUAAAAUGAUAUGAAAAACAUCUAGAAUAACCUUUCUUUCAGCCUUUCUAUCUAGUCCGAAAGGUCAAGAUAAAAAUAGUUGUCCAACAUCUCAAAACAUCAGAUGCAUAUGAAACAGAAACACCUGCUUCAGGAUGCACCACAUUAGAUGACAUCCUUCCACCCCCGUGAAUGGUGGCGUCACAUCCUUUGUUUUCUUCUUUUUUUUAUCAGUCGUGUCAUUUCUGUCUCCGUCUGCAUAACUGACAUCUUCAGAUUGUGUUUUCAUAACUACUAACUCUCUGAUUUCAAACUUUUUGACUUUUUUUCUGUUGAUUGUUGAUUGUGAGAAGGUUCUGGAACAUUUGCUGUGUUCAGAAGAGCAAUGAUCUUCCAGUACAGUCUGUUAUUGAUCUUCUGUGGCUUCACUGCACUCUCUGUGAACCACAUGAGCAGUUGAACUCUGUUGAGAUUUAUUAAAUACUAAUAUUAUUGUAUUUAUUAUAGUCUCAACAGAGACAUGUGGAAAAGAUCUACUAGUGGGAACAUCCUGCAUCAUGAAGCUGAGAACAAAAAACAAUGAGAAACCUUUUGAUAUAAGAUGGACCCAUGACAGAAACGGCGACAUUCUUCUCUGGCGAUAUGGGAGAAACAAAGUGAAAGCUGAAGGUGUAUCUAAGGAAGAAGAUGGAUCAUUAAGAUUUCAAAGUGUUAGUCUGAAGGACACGGGCACAUAUACAUACAGCGCAUUUAAUACUGAUGGUACAGAGAUUGGUAAAGGAGAAGCAGAAAUUAAAGUAUAUGAAAGGGUCCCUAAACCUACUGUGAAGAUCAACUGCACCGCUGAUGGGAAUGCUGCUCUCACCUGUGACGUGGAAAACAGUAAAGAUCCGAGUCUGACUGUAUCCUGGUAUGAAGAUGGAAAACUCAUCCAGAAUGAAAUAAAACCUCAAGUGUUCUUGUCAUCUACUCAAGUACAGGAGAAUAAACCGUACUCAUGCGAGACACACAAUCCUGUCAGCAAAGAAAAAAGUGAGAGUGUUACAGUAUCAUGUGAAGGCCCAGGACUUGGUAAACACUUUGGCUUGGAUAUCUGGAUCAUGGUGGGCAUCGUAUCCGGCGGAUCAGCCCUUCUGCUGCUGCUAAUAUGUGUUCUGCUAAUAUGUAUCAUCUGUUCCUGCUGCAAAAAGCACAAACAAGAUCAUGUAGAGUUUGGGCUAGCAGAUCUUACCCCAGAUCACACUGAUACAAACACCAAAACCCAGAUCCAUGCUCAACCCCCACCACUGCAUCAAGACGAGGAUGAGGAAUAUCCGACUCCCAUACCUUACCUGAGUACCAAUCACUGAACUAAGAGAAAUCAAGAGCCGUAUUGACCAAUAGAAUGAGACGCUUGAAUGUUUACUGAAUGAUAUGGGACUUUGAAUGAUUUUCAUUGACUAAAAGCCAUAUUUUGAUGGUAAGAGUGUCAUUAAAGAAAUAGUUAAAAAUGAGAAUUCUGUCAUGUACUCUCCUUCAUGUUGAUCCAAACUAUUAGUUGUUAUUACUAAACUAUUAUUUUCUAUUUUUCGUCUUAGGCAGUAUGUGUAGAACAUUUCAUUAUCCGAUGGGACACACUUGUGUUGUAAAAUGUGUUUACAGAGCUUUAUUUUGAGUUUCAGUAUUUUGCAUUUUAAAAUAAACUUCUAAAUGUCUAUAACA